GGAAAAAUUUUCAUGACUUUCAGUAUUAGGAAAAACUGGAGCUAGAAGAGCAGGGUCACUUCCUUUUUCAGCCUGUGCUGAGAGAUGCCGGGUCCCUGUGGGAACAGAGAACUCUGAGCAAGUGCAGAGAAACUGGUUAAAUGUUUGACUCUGGAGUACUAGCCCAUGGGUGUUUAGUGGGGGAGAUAUGCACUAUAUGUGAAUCUUAAUUUUUUGCAACUCAUUAGACCUUGUGAUGAAAGGAAACAGUUUGCUGCUUGCUUUAAGGGUAGGUUCAUUUGCAUUUCUCUGCAAGGAAGUAGUAAUGAGUCACCAAGCCUUAGAUUUCACCCCUUCUUGAUUUCUUGCUGAGUUAACUUUAAUUGAAUGGAAGAGUUAUCAUAAAUGAAUUAUGUUGAAGAGAAAUGUCACUAAGGAAGGAUGGGUAGAAGAUGGGCCAGGAGAAUGGAGAAGGACCAUAGAACUUGUCCUAUUUAAGUCCGUCUAUACUAUAAAAGUAAUCAAAUCUGACAGUAUGUAAGUUACUUACUUCCAUAGUUUAAGGAAAAUGCUUAUAAUCCAGUUAAAAAAAAAAAAAAAAAAAGUCUGGUGUGUACAACCUCCUUUGAAAUAUCAGGGUUAGGAAGGACCACCAUGGUGAACCAGUGAGAUAGAAUUCUUAAGUAAAAAACUGUAUUAGAAGUGAACAGAGAGGGCUGGGGAUGUAGCUCAGUGGUUGAGUGUCUGCCUGGCAUGCAUGAGGCCCUGGGUUUGAUCCAUAGCACCCCAAAAAAAGGAAAAAAAAAAUGAACAGAGAAAAGUCAGAAUCCCUUUUUCCAUAGAAGUCUUUGGGAUACUCACUUUGCUAAAUUAAGAAAUGUUUACUUAAAUCUAGUAAGCAAUUUUUAUACAUACUUAUAUAAAAUGUACAUAUCAAAAAUAAAUGGCUGCGUGGUAAAUUGGAUUAUGCUUCCUUUGGCUGGUAAAUUGGCCUAAAAAUCUUAGUGCUUUUUAUACAAGUAUCACAAAAGACUUGUUAGGGGAUUACUCAGAAGUUAUUCCUAAGAUGUAUUUUUUUAAAUCCAGAAAGUCUUGUGUUUCUGGAAAUUUAUUUUACUAUUUCCCAAGUGAAAGAGAACAGUUAUAUAUAUUCACCAAGAAUCAUGCACCCUUAAUUUUUAUUUAAUGAUUACACUUGUUUAAAAUAUGUUCACUGGCUGAGCACGGUGGCACAUACUGUAAUCCCAGCUACUUGGGAGGCUGAAACAGGAAUAUGGCCAGUUCAAGGCCAGCCUCAGCAACCCAGCGAGACCCUUUCUCAAGUAAGAAAUUUUAAAAAGGGAUGGGGAUAUGCUCAGUGGUAAAGGGCCCCUGGGGUUCAAUCCCCAGGAUCAAAAUAAAUUACAACAUAUUCACUGCAUGAUUUAUAAUAGAAAAAUAUGAGCACAUGUUUUGCUUUUAUUGCCAAGAAAUUCUUCUCAGACGUGAGCCAUUGAGGUAUACUGAUCUUAAAGUCAAAGGUCUGAAUUAACACAGUCCAACGUAAGUCUCUUUACUACCUGGUUAUUUUGAAAAAAAAAAGACAAGAAACACCUAAGAAUCUCUCUGUCCCUUUUUUCAUUUAAAGAUUUCACGAUAAGUAACUAAAAGUCUUUCCUCCGGAGGAUUUAUCUGAAUCAGCCAUUCACUUGCAAAGGAUAUUGUCAGCGAUAACUUCUCACGUGUCAUUAGAAGCAUCCCGAUUUUGCUGGCAGGAAUGUGAACAUCUGUUGUAAGGAAAGAAAAACUUUCAUGCAAAUUACACAGUCAAAGAGAAGGGGUGUUCAAGUUGAGAAACCAGUGACAUUUCUUGUAACUGUACUAUGAGUCAGCACGUUUUUAAUCUUGUGAUAAUAGGUGGAAAUGCAGCGAGGUGAGUGACAGGCAGCAGGGUUCAUUUUACGUGUGCAUUAUUUUAUUUUCUGGUGGGGGUGUGCAGGUGACUUCAUGGCAGGGAUGGUUCUGUUUUUGAAUGAGGAUACAGUAAAUCGGAGUCCGUGGAAGGCUGACUGGAACCGCCAGACCCAUAGCUUUAGAAAGCAGUUUCCGCCGGCGGAGAGCACUAGAGCGAUGGAACCCCACGUUCCUGGAAGUUUGCACAUCAGAGUAAACAAACUUGAAAACCCCUCUUGAUAGCCGAAUUCACCCAGCCUUGUUCCAUUUUCUCUUAACAAAACACACCGCAAAAGCUCUCACAAGCUGCUUUGAUGAAGCCACAUGUAUUUCCCCCUUCGCAAUUUACAGGAAGUUACUCUUAAAAGAAAGUGAUUCUGGUGUUUACUGCCUGUGUUAAAGGGACAGGGUUCCUUUUUUAACUUCUGAUAACGUUGGAGGGAAAUAAAGAAACGAUUCACAGACUUAACGUAGCCAGCAAGUGACUCAGAAGAAAGCAAUAGCCUGCUGUCCUGUUAGAGCAAAAUCUCUGCUACCCUACCUACUACUCAGAGGCUUGGGUUGCAGAUGACCAGGUAUUGGUUGUGCGUGUUGAAGGAAAGCUCUUGGGUCUGAAGGAAAGGUGGCACCUCUUAAGAGGAAGGAGAGAGAGCAGCUUUCUGUGGAAGGAUAUGGAGCAUGUAAUUUCAAUCUAUUCCAGAGGGGAGCUUCACCACUUCAUUGAUGGCUUUAAUGAGGAGAAAAGCAACUGGAUGCGCUAUGUGAAUCCGGCACACUCUGCCCGGGAGCAAAGCCUGGCUGCGUGUCAGAACGGGAUGAACAUCUACUUCUACACCAUUAAGCCCAUCCCUGCCAACCAGGAACUUCUUGUGUGGUAUUGUCGAGACUUUGCAGAAAGGCUUAACUACCCUUAUCCUGGAGAGCUCACAAUGAUGAAUCUCACCCAAACACAGAGCAACCCAAAGCAACCUAGUACUGAGAAAAAUGAACUUUGCCCAAAGAAUGUCCCAAAGAGAGAGUACAGCGUAAAAGAAAUCCUAAAAUUGGACUCUAACCCCUCCAAAGGGAAGGACUUCUACCGUUCUAACAUUUCAGACAAGGACAUCGAUGGCUUUAGAAAGAAUGGCAGCCCAGAUAUGCCCUUCUACCCCCGGGUUGUUUACCCCAUCCGGGCUCCUCUCCCGGAAGACUUAUGGAAAGCUUCCCUGGCCUAUGGGAUGGAGAGACCAACUUACAUUACUCACUCCCCCAUCCCCUCUUCCACAACUCCAAGUCCCUCAGCAAGAAGCAGCCCUGACCAAAGCCUAAAAAGCUCCAGCCCACACAGUAGCCCGGGGAACACAGUGUCGCCCCUGGCCCCUGGCUCUCAUGAACACCGAGACUCCUAUACUUACUUGAACACACCCUAUGGCACCGAAGGUCUGGGCUCUUACCCAGGAUACGCACCUGCCCCCCACCUUCCUCCAGCCUUCAUCCCCUCUUACAAUGCCCACUACCCCAAGUUCCUGUUGCCUCCCUACGGCAUGAAUUGCAACGGCUUGAGCACCAUGAGCAACAUCAAUAGCAUCAACAACUUUGGCCUCUUCCCGAGGUUGUAUCCCGUCUAUGGUAACCUCCUUGGUGGGGGCAGCCUGCCUCACUCCAUGGUCAACCCAGCUUCUCUCCCAAGUUCGCUGCCCUCAGAUGGAGCCCGGAGGUUGCUUCCGCCUGAGCAUCCCAGAGAGGUGCUUGUCCCAGCACCCCACAGUGCCUUUUCCCUUACCGGGGCUGCUGCCAGCAUGAAGGACAAGACAUGCAGCCCCACCAGCGGGUCUCCCACGGCGGGAACAGCUGCCACGUCAGAACACGUGGUACAACCCAAAGCUACCUCAGCGGUGAUGGCAUCCCCCAGCAGUGAAGAGGCCAUGAAUCUCAUUAAAAACAAAAGAAACAUGACCGGCUACAAGACCCUUCCCUACCCACUUAAGAAGCAGAAUGGCAAGAUUAAGUAUGAGUGCAACGUUUGCGCCAAGACUUUCGGCCAGCUCUCCAACCUGAAGGUCCACCUGAGAGUGCACAGUGGAGAACGGCCUUUCAAAUGCCAGACCUGCAACAAGGGCUUUACUCAGCUCGCCCACCUGCAGAAACACUACCUGGUCCACACGGGAGAAAAGCCACAUGAAUGCCAGGUCUGCCACAAGCGAUUUAGCAGCACCAGCAAUCUCAAGACCCACCUGCGACUCCACUCCGGAGAGAAGCCUUACCAGUGCAAGGUGUGCCCUGCCAAGUUCACCCAGUUUGUGCACCUGAAGCUGCACAAGCGACUGCACACCCGGGAGCGGCCCCACAAGUGUGCCCAGUGCCACAAGAGCUACAUCCAUCUCUGCAGCCUCAAGGUCCACCUGAAAGGGAACUGCCCGGUAGCCCCAGCCACUGGACUGGCCCUGGAGGACCUAACCCGGAUCAACGAAGAAAUCGAGAAGUUUGACAUUAGUGACAAUGCCGACCGGCUAGAGGACAUGGAGGACAACAUCGAUGUGACCUCUGUGGUGGAGAAGGAAAUUCUGGCCGUGGUCAGAAAAGAAAAAGAAGAAACUGGCCUGAAAGUGUCUUUGCAAAGAAACAUGGGGAAUGGACUCCUCUCCUCAGGGUGCAGCCUUUACGAGUCAUCAGACCUGUCCCUCAUGAAGUUGCCCCACAGCAACCCACUACCUCUGGUACCUGUAAAGGUGAAGCAAGAAACAGUGGAACCAAUGGAUCCUUAGGAUUUUCAGAAAGCAAGCAUUUGUUUUGUUUCUUAAGUUCUGACUCUGCGAGUCGGGGUGCCUGCAGCAGAUGGCGCAUGUGUAUCUCCAGAUCCGCAAAGCUCUCCUGCGGCAGGGGGUUCCCCUCACCUCUGGAAUUAAAGAAGGACUCCAAAGUUACCGAAAUCUCAGGGCAUAAAUGACGCAAAGACUCUCUCUAUCUAUAUAUAUGUAUACAUAUUAUAUAUACUUAUUUACAUCCACGUCUAUAUAUUUGAACCUGUGUAUUUUGAAUAUUUGUGUGGAUAUGUUUGCAUAGCCUUCCCAUUACUAAGACUAUUGCCUAGCCAUAAUUAUUUUUUCAGUGAUAAUCCUUCAUAAUUUAUUAUACAAUUUAUCAUUCAAAAAGCAAUAAUUAAAAAAGUUUACAAUGACUGGAAAUAUUCCUUGUAAUUUGAGUAUAAAUGUUGUAAUUUUGUCUUGUGGCCAUCUUUGUAGAUAAUUUCUGCACAGCUGUUUAAGUACCUAAGAUUUAGUAGACAAAUACAUGACUUCAGUCAUCCUCUCUCUGUAAUAAUGAUCUGAAAAUGAGGUUUCAGUAUUGCCAAAGUUCAACAGUUGAUGUGUUAAUUCAUAGGAUCAUGUCAUUUGAACAGCACUGUGUAACAUGGAGUGUGUGUGCAGAACUACCCAAUGAUAACUCGAGUAGAAGGAACAAGAAAAGGAAUCUUGUCAUGUUUUGUUCCUAGUUCGUCAUGUUUUUUUUCUAGCCAUUAUUUUACCAAAAAGGUGACAGGAAGUCUUUUUCAACCUGUCUAUCCACAAAAGUAGGGUCCUUGCACCCCACCCCAAAAGUCAUUUGGCCUUCAGAGUGGCCACCUGACUUUUGCAUCCCAGUGUAUUAUCUGAAAAUGUGAAAGAUAAAAUUCCAUGUUUAAAACCACUGAGAAACUUUCCCGAAGCACAGGUGGUUUUGUACAUGUGAGGUUUGGGAGCUUGAGUCUAGAUGUUGUUUUGUUGUUGGUUUUUGUUUUUUAUGUCAAAAUUGCACAAAUGUGGUGCUCUACCAGGAAGGAUUUGAAGUAGAUAGGCUCGGGCCACACUUAAAAAAUACAAACAGAAAAACGGGUAUUCUGGUCAUCUUAGGGUAAAAGCGGGUAAUGGACAUUCCUAUCCCCAACACAUCAAUUGUAAUUUUUUUCUGUACAACUCAGAUUUUCCUCAGUAUUUGUGUUUUUGCAUUUUAUGGUUAAUUUAAUUGAAGAUGAAAGGGCAUUGCAAAAUUGUUCAACAACAAUUACCUCAUUGAGUGUGUUCAGUAGUGCAGGAAGUGAUGUCUUAUCUAAUGAUUUGCUACUCCAAAGGAGAAACCAAGUCAGUGUGCUCCAGAAAGAUAGACUCUGUCAUUCUAUCUUUCACUCUGCUAAGCCCAAAGAUUACCUGUUGGCACUCAAGGUGUAGCAAAGAUUGAUGUAUAUUUAUAAAUCUAUUUAUACCACUAUACCAUGUGUAUAUAUAAUAUAUUUAUAACCACUUAAAUUGUGAGCCAAGCCAUGUAAAAGAACCUACUUUUCCUAAGGGCAAAAAAAAAAAAAAAAAAACCUCUUUCUGAGACUUUGCUUAAUACUUGAGGACCUCACUCACGAUCACAUCAGUGCUCAGGCACCCCCUUGCCUGUUAUCAGAGACAAGAAACCUUGGUGCAGGGGUGAGGGCCACAUAACCAGGGAGAAAGUGAUACAUCAUUUUUGCUGUUAAGGAUCAUCUGGAACAGCUAUGUUUUUGUUUUGCCACAUCAUGAUUAUGUGGUCACAGUAAAGUCACAGAAAUUAAAAAAAAAAAAACAACUCAGUAUUCCUUUACCACCAAACUUUCUUUUCCUUUCCCUCCUUCCUAAAUACUGACACAUCACUGUUCAGUUCUUUUAUAUAUUCACCAUUUUGUUCGCAUCAACUAAUGUCAACUUGCAGAGAGAAUAACAGAUUUCAAGCAAUCCAGGGAAAACCAAGAGCCUUACUGAUCUAUUCCUAGACUAGCAAGACUGACAAUUGUGGUUUGUUUUUUUUUAUUUUUUUGUGUGUUUUGGCAGUGCUGGGAUUGAAGCCAGGGCCUCCUACAUGUUAGGCACUCUAUACCCACUGAGCUACACCUCAGCUCAAAACUGACAAUUUUUGAUGUAUCUGUGUUUGACAUGGUCCUUGAUUGUAGGUAAACCAAAGCGUCAUUCUGAUGUUGACACCAAAUACGUUUUAUUUCCAAUGAACACAUGGGUUUCCUUUCAUGCUUUCUUGUAUUUGAGAAUCUUCCUAAGGACCACUUGCUUCUCUUGCCAUCUGUCUUUUCCCUCUUAGGCCUCUUACAUGUGAAUGUUGAGCCCACAAUCAACAGUGGUUUUUUUCCUCUACUCAAAGUUAAAACUGACCAAAGUUAUUGGCUUUUUACUUUGCUAGAACAACAAAACUCUCUUAUGUUUACGUACUGGUUUACAUUAUUUAUGUGCAAAUUGUCAAAAUGUAAAUUAAAUAUAAAUGUUCAUGCUUUA